UGUUCCGAUCAUUCGGAAUGGAAAAAUUGGUGUUCCGAUCCAAAAAAAAUCCGACAAAAAUUAAUUAAUUUUCCCCAAAAAUCUCUUUAAAAAAUGAGAUUCUUCCAAUUCGUGACAGUCUUUAUCCUCGUCGCAUCUUCAAAGUUCAUUGGAAACGUCAAAUCCGAAUUUUCUGAUCUUGGUUGGCUCAAUAUUCAGCUUUUCCAUGCCUUGCAAGGAGAUGACUUCACGUUACGCGGCAAUAUCACAGUUACCAACUUGAACACAGGCUCCUUAAACAUCAAUCAAGAGCCGCUGAACGAAAAUGAGAAACUCGCAUUGAAAUCUCUCGCUGAAAACAACAAACUGUACAGACUAAAGGCGACAAUUGUCGGUUCCGAUGGUCAAAAAUACACUUAUUUGACGUCAUCUCGCGCUUGUUCCCUCGUCAGAUCGCAACUUUUGGACACAAUUUGGAUCUCCGUGGAUCAUGCGGGCUUCGUACUUGGCGUUUCUCAGACAAUUCCGUCGUCGCGCAAGGGAGACGAAUGCGGAAAAAUCUCCGCAAGUGACUUGGAUGCCUUGGAAGAGUUCAACACGGACGUUUAUGUGAAGCAUAUUGAGGUAGCGCCAGUUCCCGAUACCGCGACAUUCAUCCAAAAGAUGGAAAUGGAACGUCAGGCACGCGAACGAGGCGAUUUGAAGGACAAUCGGGGAUUUUUCGCGAAAUAUUGGAUGUAUAUUGUACCCGUGGCGAUCUUAGUUUUAAUUUCGGGCGUCACAAAUCCCGAAAAUCAACAAGGAGGCGGCGGUGCACGAUAAAUUUACGAGUGUUUCUAGCGUUUAUUAAAGACUAUUUAGCUAAAUUGCGUGAAAAAUUAA